AAACGUAAACAAAACAAACGCGAGAUAAGAGGCUAAAGAGAGUUACAAAUUACAAACAAACAACAAAUCCUGAUUGAGUUUAAGUGCUUCCGUGAUGUCAACUGUAAAUUUCCAGACUUCUUUCGCCAGCCUUGCCAGUGAUGUGAUUAAUAUAUUCGAGAGAACGUUAGUUUUUUUUCAGAAUAUCGGUGUGCUUCAGACGUUUACUUUCAACUAUUCAGACAUCCUCUUCAACCCCUCUGCAGAAAAGUAUCUUGAGAAUUUCAUUACUCUGUUGCAAGAAAUAAAGAAUGUACUUGAUAAGCUGCAGCUACUAUCUGAACAGUCAAAGUCCACCCAACUUACAACACAUCCGAGCGAUGCUACCAACAACACCCAUCAAAUGGUUCCUAGUGACCUCAUAUCAGCGUCACACUUCAUUCACACAUCUGAGAUUUUUGUAUCCGAGCCACUAACAGUCAGUCAUGAUGUACUUGGAGGUUUCAUGGCUCCCACUGGGUUGAUGAACAACCACUACCUCGCUUCGGAGAUUGUUAUUGAGCCUACUGCGGAACCACCUUGGACCCCUGCAGCAGAGAAGGAUGAUGACCAAGAAGUAGAGAAAUCAGAGGCAGACAAACCAACAACAGUAGCCAAAGACAAGUUUCAGUGCUCUAUUUGUAACAAGGUUCUCAGCUCAAAGGGUAGCCUGACAAAUCACCAAGCCACCCAUUCAGGACAGAAGUGUUUCUGUUGUGAACACUGCGGCAAAUUGUUCACCACAAGCCCAAACCUCGCAGCUCAUGUGACAAGACAACAUAACCUCAACACAGAAUCAGCUCACUCUUGCAAAGAGUGUGGGAAGCUGUUUGUCCGCAAGUCAGCCCUAGACACCCACCUCAAGUGUCACCUCGGAGUUAAACCAUUCGCUUGCAGCUACUGCAGCAAAACAUUCACACAGAAAGUGACCAGGGACACUCACCAGCUCACACAUACUCGUGAUUACAAGUUUUGCUGUGAUUUGUGUGACAAAAGGUUCCCAACCCAAGCCAAGCUGACUUUCCACCGUAAAACCCAUGGGGAACCUCAGCACACUUGUCAUCUGUGUGAUAAGAAGUUUACCACCAGACAGUAUCUGAACGCUCACUACCGCACUCACAACGUCACUCGGCCUGCUGAGACUGCUCAAUGUCGGCUGGAUACAGUCCUUCAACAGGUUCCAGAGAGUUCAAGUUUUAGUUGUAAGCAGUGUGGAAGAUCAUUUCCAAGUCAACACCUGCUUACGCUUCACUCACAGAAACACAACCCUUUGUCUGCUCGCUACCGCUACCUGGAGAAGAGGAAGAUGGCUCCCAGACAGAAACACUCUUGUGAGUUGUGUGGGAAGGAGUUUCUACUGAAGGCUAGUUUGUCACAUCACCACAGACAGCAGCACGCUACAGGGCUGAGUGAGAGACAGAAGAGACCGUUCUCCUGUCAUCUGUGUCACAAGACGUUCACACUGCGGGCCAAGGCUCGUCUACACAUGCAGACACACACUCAGCAAGCACACCACAUGUGCACGGUGUGUGGACAACAGUUUCUGCGCAAGGACUCCCUGCGCCGCCACAUGGCUUUACACGGUGCAGACGCUGGUGACACAGGUGACGGGCCCUACACUUGCCAGGUGUGUGGUCUGGUCAGUGCCACCAAGGCGAUUCUCAAGUUCCACAUGAAGACUCAUGCUGCUCACUACAAGUGCGGCCGGUGCCACAAGUCCUUCCGCAGCAAAACGGCACUGUCUUAUCAUACACAGAACCAUGACGGGAACUUCAAACACCAAUGUACAAUCUGUGGCAAACAGUUUGUCCGUAACACACAUCUCAAAGGACACAUGGCCGCUCACUCUACGGAGAGACCACACAAAUGUGAGAUAUGUGGCAAGACUUUCAAAGACACUAAACACUAUAGAGAACACAUCAGACGAGUGCGGCACGACAAACUACCACCGCCACCUCAAAUGCCACCCGAAGACCAGCUGUCUGUCAAUCAGAUGUCUGCAACUCAGAUGACCAAUGAGUUAACAGCUGGACAAUUGGCGAUUCAUACUCUAUUGGCAGGAGAUGAUGCUACCUAUGGACAAACCUAUGACCAAUUUCAAGCUUGUGUACAGCUGCAGUAAAUGACAAACCUACAAUCAGUUCAAGCUUGUAUAACAUCUUCAGUAAGGACAAAUCUACAAUCAGUUCAAGCUUGUAUAACAGCUUCAGUAAGGACAAACCUACGAUAAGUUCAAGAUUUUAUAACAGCUUCAGUAAGGACAAACCCACGAUCAGUUCAAGCUUGAAAUGAAAGCAAACCUGCUACUCGUCCAAUUCCCAACAGGUUUUGAUCGAUCAAGAAAGAGAUAAAAACAUGACAGCUAAUCUGAUGUCAUGUUUAAAUGUUUGCUCCUCUCAAAAAAAAAAAAAAAAAAACUGUUCUCUCUAUUAAUCUUUGUAACAUCAAAACAAAAUGUUUUUAAAUAUAUCAGAGAACACUAUGCCACAGAA